CUCGCGACGCUCGGCCUCAGGGCGGAGGACCCGGCGCGCAAGUGGGAGCGCAGGGCGGCACUGAGCCCCGAGGCGGUCAACACGCUCGUCGCCGAGGGCCACGAGGUGCUCGUCGAGCGCUGCGCCAAGCGCGCCAUUCCCGCGAGCGAUUACGAGGAGGUCGGAGCCACGCUCGUCGACAAGCUCGAGGCGUCUCGGUGCGACGUCGUCGUCGGCGUCAAGGAGCCCGUCCAGUCGUCCCUGUCCUCGUCCACCUCGUCGACCGACAAGCCGCACGCGCACCUCGCCUUCUUCCACUGCCACAAGGGCCAGAGCUACAACUUCUCGCUCCUGCGCACCCUCCUCGACUCGUCCAAGGCGGCCGGCACCUCGUUCAUCGACUACGAGCUCCUCACCUCGCCUUCAAAGGGCUCGACCGUCCGCUCCGACCCGACCAUCCCGACCGCACCUCCUCCAGCCGCCAAGCGCACGAUCGGCUUUGGCUCCCUCGCCGGCUAUAGCGGCAUGGCCGACGGCCUCGCGCAGCUCGGCACCAAGCUCCUCGCGGCAAAGGGCGUGCCGAGCCCGUUCCUGUCGCUCGUCCGGCCCCUGCAGGCGGGACGUGUCGAGAAGAUCAAGCUCGAGCUCGAGCGGGUCGGAAGGGAGGUUGGAGAGGGCAAGAUGGCCGGGAUGGACGGUCCGCUCGUCAUCACGCUCUCGGGUCGAGGAAAGGUGGGCGACGGUGCGCGCAAGGCGCUGGACGAGCUCGGCGUGCGGUGGGUCAAGGCGGACGAGCUGGCCAGCGUCGCCAAGUCCGGCGACGUCAAGACUAUCUAUGCGUGUCACCUCGAACUCGCCGACUACCUCGUCAGCCGCGACGGCAAGCCUUUCGAGCGCGAGCAGUACCGCAAGCACCCCGACCAGUUCGAGUCGGUCUUUCACACCAAGAUCGCGCCCUACUCGAGCGUGCUGCUGAACGGCGGCUUCUGGGCGCCUGGAUGCCCUCGACUGCUCACGACGGCGCAGCUCGCCGAGCUGCAGUCGCGCUCCGACAACCGCCUCAUCUCGAUCGUCGACGUCUCGUGCGACUGGGAGGGCGGGCUCGAGUUCGUCAAGGCGGCCACGACGCUCGACGAUCCGGUCGUACAUCCCGCUCACCCGACCUCGACUCAGCUCUCGAGCGUCGAGAUCCUCCCGUCUGCCUUCCCGAUCGACGCGACCGAGCACUUCUCUCGCGGCCUGCUCCCGUACGUGCGGUACCUCCUCGAGGACCCGGCGCUCGAGAAGGAGGGCGAGGACGGCAAGGAGAUUCGCGACGCGCUGCGGCGGGCGACGCUCGUGGAGGACGGCAAGCUCACGGAGCGGCACGAGUGGCUGUAUCGGCUCGUCGAGGAGGCAGAAGGCGGUGGUGCUCGGUGCCGGGUGCGUCCCUUCUUUCUCUUCCUUUUCGACUCUGGGCCGCAGAAGGCUGAUCUCGAAGCCUACAGACUUGUCGCAGGACCUGCGGUGCGCACGCUCGCCGAGAGGGACAUUCUCGACGUCGUCGUCGCGAGCAACGAUCUUCCCGCCGCACAAGCACUCGCCGCCGACUACGCCAACGUCGACUCGGUCCACCUCGAUGCGUCGGACAAGGCGGCGCUGUCGAACCUGGUUGCGAGCGCCGACGUGGUCCUCAGCCUUCUACCUGCAUCUCUGCACGUCGACGUCGCCAAGCUGUGCAUCGAGCACGGCACCUCGCUCGUCACCGCCUCGUACACCUCGCCUCAAAUGGCGCAGCUCAACGACGAGGCAAAGAAGGCCAACGUCGUCCUCCUCAACGAGCUCGGGCUGGACCCGGGUAUCGACCACGUCACGGCGAUGCGGCUGAUCGAGGAGGCUCGUUCGACCGGUAACAAGAUCUCGUCCUUCGUCUCGUUCUGCGGCGGCCUGCCGAGCCCGGAGCUCAGCAACGGUCCUCUCGGCUACAAGUUCUCGUGGUCGCCUCGAGGCGUCCUCACCGCCGCCCUCAACUCGGCGACUUUCCGCCUCGGCGGUCGCGACGUCGCCAUUCCCUCCGACAAGCUCCUGUCGCAGAACUUUCCCCACGUCCCCCUCCUGCGCGGCUUCGCCUUUGAGGGCGUCGCCAACCGCGACUCGCUCGCCUACCUCCCCGAGUACGGCUUGCCGUCCGACCUCCCGACCAUCCUGCGCGGCACCCUGCGGUACCCGGGCUUCGCGCUCGUCGUGCGCUGCUUCCGCACGCUCGGGCUCUUGAGCCUCGAGCCGUUCGAGGCGCCGAUCGGCCGGUGGGACGAGCUCGUCGACGCCUGCGCGAGGCGGCUCGGCGUCGAGCACACCGGCGAGCGUGCGGUCGAGGCGGUAUUGGUGGACGAGAGCGACGAGCUCGUCGCAGAGACUGUCCAGGCCCUCUCUGAGCUCGCCCUUCUUCCCGCCUCGCGCGCCGUCGCCAACCUUCCUCCCCUCCCUUCUUCCCCUCUCGCUCCUCUGGACUACCUUUCCAUCCUCCUCGCGCACCAGCUCCGCUACCACCCGGGCGAGCGAGACGCCGUCGUCCUGCACCACGAGGUGACGACGCGCUCGGACGAGGGCAAGGACGAGCUCUUUACCUCGACACUUGUACAGUACGGGGACGACAAGGCGUCGGCGAUGGCGACGACCGUGGGCGUUCCUAUCGCUCUCGGCGCCCUGCUCUUCCUCGACGGCAAGAUCGCCCAACGAGGCCUCGUGUCGCCGUCAAGCGAGGAGGUCUGGCGCCCUCUGCUCGCCUCGUUCGAGAAAGGCGGCCUG